GUUUUCUGAGCCAUGAUAGAAGAUUUCCCAAACUUAGGGUCUACAAGAAGGGCAGACGGGAACAGGAGUUAGGAGGGUUGUACACUUAGACUAAAACAACAAGAAUGUAUCGAAGGACAGCAAUGCACUCGCUACUUAAUGCGAUCUGUGUGUCAUUCCUUUAUUUUACAGUCUGUGCGACGGCUGCGGACAGAAGGACCUUAGAUCCAGGGAACCUGCUGGUCAUCACCGUUGCCACUGAGGAGACCGAUGGUUUCAACAGGUUCAUGAGAACUGCCCGGCAGUUCAACUACACCAUGAAGGUUCUGGGCCUGGGUGAGGAAUGGAAAGGUGGGGACGUGGCCCGUACCGUUGGAGGGGGCCAGAAAGUGCGCUGGUUGAAGAAGGAGCUUCAGCGGCACAGCGACAGGGAGGACCUGGUCAUCCUAUUUGUGGACAGCUAUGAUGUAAUCCUGGCCAGUGGCCCCCAGGAGCUGCUCUGGAAGUUCUCCCGGAUGGGUCACCGAGUGGUCUUCUCCGCAGAGGGCUUCUGCUGGCCUGACCAGAGGCUGGCGUCCAAGUAUCCUCCCGUCCACACGGGGAAGCGUUACCUUAACUCUGGAGGCUUCAUAGGCUACGCCCUCGAUCUCAGCGCCAUCGUGCAGCAGUGGAAGUACAAGGACAAUGAUGACGACCAGCUGUUCUACACCAGGAUCUAUCUGGACCCGGCUCACCGGAAAAAUUUCAAUAUGACGUUGGAUCAUCGCUCACGCAUCUUUCAGAACCUCAACGGGGCGCUCGAGGAGGUGGUUCUGAAAUUCGAGAAGGAGCUGGUCCGGGCCCGGAACGUGGCCUAUGACACCCUCCCUGUCAUCAUACAUGGCAACGGACCCACCAAGCUGCAGCUGAACUACCUCGGGAACUACGUGCCCACGGCCUGGACGUACGAGGAGGGCUGUGGCGUCUGUGACGACGAUCUUCUGGACCUCAGCGACGUCCCGGACGAGGAGAUGCCCCUGGUGCAUGUGGCCGUGUUCAUCGAGCAGCCCACACCCUUCCUGACCGAGUUCCUGCACAGGCUCACCACGAUGAACUACCCCCUGGACCGGAUCAGGCUCUUCAUUCACAACAACGUCGUCUACCACGAGAAGCACAUCCAGGACUUCUGGCAGGAACAUCAGACUCUGUUCCCAGAUGCCCGGAUCGUGGGGCCUGAAGAGAACCUGCAGCAGGACGAGGCUCGGACGAUGGCCGUGGAGGCAUGUCGUAAGGACCCCACGUGUGAUUACUACUUCAGCAUCGACUCCGACGUGGCGCUCAUCAACCCGGACACCCUGAGGAUCCUUAUCGAGGAGAACAAGCCAGUGAUUGCUCCCAUGUUGUCUCGCCAUGGCAAACUGUGGUCCAAUUUCUGGGGUGCACUGAGCCCCGAGGGAUACUACUCCCGGUCAGAAGACUACAUCGAGAUCGUCCAGGGCAAACGCAUAGGGGUCUGGAACGUUCCCUAUAUCACGGGGGUGUACCUGAUAAGCGGGGUGACGAUGCGAACCCGCCUGGCCCAGGUCAGCCUCUACAUGCAGGACGGCAUGGACACCGACAUGGUUCUGUGCAGCGCCGUCCGAGACCAGGGCGUCUUUAUGUACGUUUCAAACCGGGACGAGUUUGGACGCCUCGUCGCCUCGACCAACUACAACACGAGCCACCUGUACCCUGACAUGUGGCAGAUUUUUGACAACCCCGUGGAUUGGAAAGAGAAAUACAUCCAUGAUAAGUACGCUGCGAUCUUCGAUGACGACACGGAUGUUGUUGAACAGCCCUGCCCUGACGUCUACUGGUUCCCAGCCUUUUCGGACAGGAUGUGCGACGAGCUGGUGGAGACCAUGGAGGACCACGGCGAGUGGUCAGGCGGAAAGCACAAGGAUGAACGUCUGGCCGGUGGGUAUGAAAACGUGCCCACCGUGGACAUACACAUGAACCAGAUCGGCUUUGAGAAGGAGUGGCUCAAGUACCUGAAGGAGUACAUCGUGCCCGUGGUGGAGAAGCUGUACCCUGGAUACUACUCAAAGGCCCGUGCCAUAAUGAACUUCGUGGUGCGAUACCGACCUGACGAGCAGCCCUUUCUGAGGCCCCAUCACGACUCAUCCACCUAUACCAUCAACAUCGCCCUGAACCACAAGGGCAAGGACUUCCAGGGAGGUGGGUCCCGAUUCUUGCGGUACAACUGCCAGGUGGAGACCCCCCGGAAGGGCUGGUCCUUCAUGCACCCGGGCCGCCUGACGCAUUACCAUGAGGGGCUCCCCACCACCCAGGGAACGCGCUACAUCAUGGUGUCAUUCAUCGACCCCUAGGCGCCGGGGCCGGGCCCCGAACCGCAGGGGGCGGCUGACGUCGAGGACGAUUUACGGAACAUUUCAGCUGGGACACGGUUGCUUAAAAUGCCUUUUUCCACUUACCAUAAUGGAGUUUAGGUUGACAAGAUAUGCUCUGGAGUGAGAUUACAGCAUUUUACAGCAAAAAAAAACAAAACUGUAGCGUUAUAAAGAAAGCAGACGGCUCCAAUUUCCAUGAAAAACGACGUGACUAAAUAUUGUGACAUUUAAAGUUCUGUGGAAAAUAUUGAGAAGUAGAAUCGGAGGGUAGUACUUGAAAUACUGGGUAUUUUUGUGGGUGUGGCUUAAUCGUGGCAUAAACUGUAUUAGCCAUGGAUUAGUGUCAGUCUAGAACAACUGUGAACCAAGUGUCCUCAGUAAUGAGCCGUUCGGCUUGUUGGUUCUGCAUAGUGGUCUUGUCAUUUCAAAGCCAAACUAGUAGCAAUUUGGGUACCUACAGAGUGCUUGUGUUGCUAUCAUUUGUAACUUAUUAGGAGACUUGGAUGAUCCAAGAUCCCGUUUCCCAGCAUCCCCUAGCAGCGUCGUCCUGCUUCAGCUUCAGACAUCAAUGUCAUUCUGACAAUCAGUUACAUCUGGGCUGCUGUAAGUUCCCCCCCCCGAUUCGCUAAAUAAAUACACCAGAAAGUAUUUAUUUAGCGAAAUUUAACCAAACUUCAUUCCGUGUUCUCUCUCAGACCCAUGAACACAUGGAUAGGAAUCACUGCAUUUCCAAAUGCAAAUAAUUUAUCCUUUGUCAGCGGUUUUGCUUUUGUCAGUUUUUUUUUUUUUUUUUGAUUUAAAGAAUUUUAAGUUACUUUAAUUUUGAAGUGGCUUUUAAUGAGUCGUCAGAUUAGCUGGUUUGGAACACAGUUAGGUCAUGCUGGCAUUUGACACUCCCUGAGUAUAAAAAGAUUUAUAUAUUUCAUACAAGUCUAAAGGUGGUUGAUAUUCAGAGGAUACUGCAGCUCAUUUGUUUAUUAAAAUAUUUUUCUGAACACUCAAUUUUAUGAAUUUUCCUCUAACACAUUUUUUUAUAAGACUUCAUGAAAGUGGGAUUUGCAUUAAUCAAAUAUUGUACUUCACAUGUUAGGGAAUGUUUAAAGCAUUUCAUUGGUUAUUAAUUAACUGAACUGAUUACUAAUAUCUUGUUAUACCUCUAUGUAUUGUGAUUCUGUUUGGUUUCAUUUGUUGUCAGUGCUCUGCUUUGUACAAAGUGUUAAUUUAUUUGUAUGUUUUAAAAGUCUAUUUAAAAUUGAA